AUUUUCCUUAACAUCAAAUACGAGAGAGAGAGAGAGAGAGAGAGAGCGUGUUGGACGCGGUUUGGCUGCGGACCCUACAACUACACGGGAGGGAGCGACCUCUGACUUCUUCGCUAUUUUUACCUUUUCCAGUUUUCGAUUCUUUCCUCUCUCUCUCUCUCUCGCUCUCUCCUCUCUCUGCGUGAGUCGGUUCGGGUGCCAGAUCCAAUGGCGGACAACAACAACAACAAUGUUAAUUACGAGGAAUCGAGCCCUCUCUUGAGCAAGCAAGUCGUCGAAGGAGUAGAAGAUGAUGCAAAGAAAGCCAGCAAGCCAAUUGACGCUAAGGACGAAAAGGUCACAGUCUCGCCCGCGGCGAAAGCUCCGGCUCCGGUACCCGGAAAUUUCGGUGGUCACGGCUGGACCGCGAACGGGUUGCCGUUGGGACACGGGAGCGUGGUGGGCGAGCCCAUGGGCCGGACCCAGUGGAACUCGAGCAUCUUUGCUUGUUUAGGUCGCAACGACGAGUUCUGUAGCAGUGAUCUUGAAGUUUGUCUUCUUGGAAGUGUGGCUCCUUGUGUGCUGUAUGGUGGCAAUGUGGAGAGGCUUGGAUCUAGUCCUGGGACUUUUGGAAAUCAUUGCUUGAGUUACUCUGGCCUAUAUUUGAUUGGAAAUUCCAUUUUUGGUGGAAACUUCCUCGCACCAUGGUUUUCAUACACAAGCCGUACUGCCAUUCGCCGGAUGUUCAACUUAGAGGCAAGUUUCAUGUAUUGCUCUGACAUGAUCCACGUAGAUUGGUCGAGGAGUUGGUUAAAAUGGACACCUUAUCAUUGGAGACCUCCUGUACUGGCCGUUUUGUUCUUGAUUAUUGGUGAUGAAAAAUUUUGGAGAGCUAUGAAGGCUUGUUAUGGUGCUCACUUGCGUGAUGAUGAUUAUUACGUUUUCUAUUUCAAUUCCAAGCCUGGGAACCAUGGUGCUUUUUGUUUACAGGAGUUUCCAUUAACUGCGAUCCACUAUUUGUUGGGAAAACUUUAA